AUGUUCAUAAAUACACUUGUCGAAGGAAAAAUCACAGUAAAAGCAUCAAUCGAUACAACAUCUAAAUCCAAUACCAUUAGCAAGAGCUUGUUCGAUAAGCUUGAAGAAGAUUAUGGGUUGGAAUGUUUAUCUGGUGAUGAAUUGACCAGUGAAGAAAUAAAAGGCUUAGAUUUACAGUUUCACUAUAAAGGAAAGUGGCGAAGCUUAGAUUGUACUGAAGUAAUAGACUUUCAAAUUGGUAAAAAUCCAUCAUUUGAUCUGGUAUUAGGACUGGAUUGGUUAUGGAUGCAUAAAGCAAAAAUAGGGUUCAGAUUUUCUUUUGAAAUCAAUGAUUUUUACGCUAAAAUUGUAAUAGAUGGUAUGAGCAUCCCAUUAAUCGAAGAAGCGCUCGAUCUAGCUCCAAAAGAAACUACAGAUAUGUUCAAGAAAUUGUCUCUCAGAAGCAAAGAUGAUAAGCAACGAAAGAAGCAUCAUAGAAUAUUUCAUACUUCUUCCAAUUCAGAUACUUUGGACAGUAAUUUAGGUAAUUCUUCUGCAUCCAGUUCGGGCAUAGAAGUUAUAUAUAUGAAACGCCCCAUUCUAAAGCAUAAAAUAAAAG